ACCACCAAAGAUCGAGCAAGCGGGCGAGGCCCGAGCAGCCGCCGCUGCUGACCCUGAGCUCCCACAUCCACCUCCGCUGGGAUGACCGCGCCAGGCGGGCCCUCCCCGCCGACGACCAGAUCGGCAUCCCCUGGCGCCAUCUCGCCCCCUUCAUCGACUCCCCGCCCCGCGCUCACCGAGAAGGGGCCCUGGCCGACGUCGCCCCCGUCCCCAGGCGGAUUUUCUCCCUCGCCGACAUCCCUCUCCUCGGAGGCCUGCUCUCCUACCAGGUCCUCUGCUCUUUGCUGUGGUGAUCUUCAUCCAGACGCUCUACUUAACAAGGAGCAGCAAAUCAGAGCUGAUAAGAAGGCAUAUCAUGCACACUUGAAGAACUACCAUUCCGAGUAUGGCAAAAUGCUAAUAACCUAUGUCUGGGACGCCUGCCUAACCGAGGCCGACAGGAGAUUCCUUGCUCAGUUUCUUCCGGCCGGCUCCGACGCCGAGGAAGCAGUGCAGGAUUUGCUCACUGGCGAAAAUCACCACUUCGGGAAUCCCCUUGUAACCUCUAGCAAGGGCUGCUGGAGAACAUGGAGAAGGACAGGGUCCGGAGGCUGAUAGGCUCAAGCCUCCCGCGGAGCCAUGAUUUUCCCAGUUGAUGGAUCUUUCCUGUGUAUUUAUCGCUUUGCUAGAGCCCGUGUCUAUCUCUAAAUUGAUUGAUUCGUGGCUGAAAGGAAAAUGAGCCUAUGCUUGCACCAACAUUAUUAGAAUGAGAAUUUAUAAUUUUCUGAGCAAUGCACAUGGACGAUAUCUGGAGCGGUCAAGAGGAUGAGCUGAUUUUUGAAAAAAAAGUUUGAAGAGGUGCCCAGUUUGUGCUUGCUACCGAAGGAGCUUCAUGUUGAAGAAGAUUGAAGACACUUGUAGAGCUACAGGGUUAACACCAGGGCACCGUAUCACGUGUAGAGCUUGUAUAUGUUAGAGCUUAUUAUGUGUAGAGCUUGUAAAGUAUAUGUUAUUUGUACAAUAGGAGCUCUGUACUUAAUCUGGCUGAUAAUAUUUGGAGUAUUA